UGGUAUCACUAUUGAUAUCGCCUUUGGUAUCGGGAAGUUAAACGAGAUGAUGAGGACGAGGAAACAAGUGGUUAACGAGGGCGGAGAUAUCGAUACACGGCAGGUAUCGACGGUGAUCGAUCGAAACAUGUGUGGUAUCGAUGCUACGAUUUGUAUCGGUAUUGUCGAUAUUUCGAUCGAUACUAGAAAUCCAAAAUGGCGAUGGACGGGAUGAUGUCCACGUCUUCGGGUCUCUCAUACCACAAAGUCGGGGAUUUUUACCCCAGAAAGUUCGGGCCGAAGCCGGACGUGGUGCCGUCGGGGGUGACGGAGAGGAAGGUGGUCCCCCUGGACAAACCCGACAUGGUUUCUGUGGAUGUCAUCAACAUCAAAGACUCAGACGUCCCUCUGCACCGGAAGAAGCACGAACAAGACACCUACGUCCUGGGAACCAUUCAUCCGUUCAGGAAGACGCACAGAUCCGUAUUUGGAAAACUCCUGCAAGAAUUCAGACUGGUCUCCUCAGACAGACGAUCGUGGAGGAUCCUGCUGUUCGGGGCUCUCAACCUGCUGUGCACCGGCUGUCUGCUGAUGUGGUGCAGCUCCACCAACAGCAUGGCUCUAACUGCCUACACCUACCUCACCAUCUUCGACCUGUUCAGCCUGAUCACCUGUCUCAUCAGCUCCUGGGUGACCAUGAAGAAGCCCAGUCAGGUUUUCUCCUUCGGGUUCGAGCGUCUGGAGGUUUUGGCAGUUUUCGCCUCCACUGUUCUCAUCCAGCUGGGAGCUCUGUUCAUCCUGAAGGAAAGUGUGGAGCGUUUCAUGGAGCAGCCAGAGGUCCACACUGGUCGUCUGUUGGUCGGGACGUUUGUGGCUCUGUUCUUCAACCUGUUGACUUUACUCUCCGUCAGGAACAAACCGUUCUCCUACGUCUCUGAAGCGGCCAGUAGCAGUUGGCUUCAGGAACAUGUUGCAGAUCUGAGUCGAAGUUUGUGUGGCAUCGUCCCAGGUCUCAGCAGUGUCCUGCUGCCUCGGAUGAACCCCUUCGUCCUGAUCAACAUGGCGGGGGCUCUGUCCCUCUGCAUCACCUACAUGCUCAUAGAAAUCAAUAACUUUAACGCCGUGGACACAGCUUCAGCCGUCGCCAUCGCGCUCAUGACCUUCGGCACCAUGUAUCCCAUGAGCGUCUACAGCGGAAAAGUCCUGCUGCAGACGACACCGUCUCACGUCAUCGGACAGCUGGAUAAACUCCUCCGUGAGGUUUCCACUCUGGACGGAGUCCUGGAGGUUCGCAACGAGCACUUCUGGACUGUUGGUUUUGGAUCUCUGGCCGGUUCCGCCCACGUUCGGAUCCGCCGGGACGCCAACGAGCAGCUGGUUCUGGCUCACGUCACCAACCGACUGCUGCCUCUCGUCUCCACGUUGACCGUCCAGAUCUUUAAAGACGACUGGGCCCGACCCCUCCUCACCGGGACCCUCUCCUCCUCCUCCUCCUCCCCUGCUGCUCCUCCUCUGGGCCAUGCUGAAGGCUACGCCUCCUCCUCCCCGAUGCCUCCUCUGCUGUUGUCCUCAGGAGGAGAUCUGGACCCGCUCACCUCCACGCCCUCCAAACCCCUCAGCCCUCCUCCUGAGUUCUCCUUCGACACCCCGGGGAGGAACGUGCAGCCGGUGGUCCUCCCGGCUCCGGGGCACCACGUCCACAGGCCCUAUGGAAGCCUGGGACUGUCCUACGGGGCGGCGCCCUACCCGGGGAUGCUGGGUCAGGGACUGGGUCAGGGACUAGCUCGGCCCGGCGGAGGCCUGGGGAUGGGCGUCCAGGGCCUGGGUCCCGGGUUUGGACUGUCCUCCUCUCAGAGCUACAGAACUACCUUCACAGGGUCGACGGCACCGCCGCUACGGUUUGGAACCAGCAACCCUCCGGCCUCACAGUCCCAGUACAGACAGUACCGACCCUAACGGAGCGGUUUUACGUCUUUUUCAGAUACUUGGACGAUAAAUACGAGCAGUUUAUACGUGAAGGUCAACGUGUGCUUCAGGUCCUGGUGUCGGAUCUCCUGGUGGAGCCUCCAGAGACGAGACCAAGACGCUGCCGGGAUAUUUAUUGACUGAGGGACCAGGACGGGGGUUUGAUUUAACUUUGAGGUUUUUGGGAAAACGUUUCAGGAAGCAGUGGUUUACUUUUUCUGGUUCUUUUAAAAGAUUUCAAGCUCCUCUGAUCAGACGAACUCCACCUCAAACUUGAAACAUCUUUUACUUAAACAUUUAUGGUCCUGCAGCUUUUUGACUCGAUCGACGCUGAAUUUUGGGAUAAAACUCGAGUUUUUUGUCUGAAACAUUCCUAGUUAGUUCAUUAUUUGUAUAUUCUCCUUAUUAUAUUUGGUUUAAAUCAUUGAUUAAUUAAAAUUUGGUGAAAAUGGAGCUUUCAGAUGAUCAGUUUGUCUUUUUAAAACAGCUUUUUUCCUCUAAAUAAUCUCUAAAAUCCUGAAGACGUUUGAGGACUGUGAAUAAAAUCGGUUUCAUGACGACGUGACGGAGCCUUGAAGGAGGACGUCCUGCAGAGGACAGUGUCAAACCCUCUGAGUGAAGCCUCCUUUGGUCACAGCGUCACAUGUUGAGCUGCAUUCAGGUUAUUAAAAACACGUCUUAAAGGUU